AUGGAUAACGAUCAAGAUUCUUUUUCAUGGACUCAACCUUCUUUCGAUGAAGGUGGACGUAGUUAUGGAAAAGGACGAGGCUUUAUAAUACAAGAUAAUAAUAACGAUGAUUAUAACAUUGGCAAUAAAAGUUUCAAUGGUGGAAGUACUAACAAUGGUGAAUUUAAUAGUAGCCAUAGUUGGCCAUUUAACGAUACCAGUACUGAUUUUGAAGGAACUGGUAGAGGAGGUAGAGGAGGAGGUAGAGGAGGAGGUAGAGAUAAUGGUAGAGGAGGGUUCAGAGGAAGAGGAGGAGGCGGUGGCAAUCGUGGAAGAGGAGGAUUUAGAAAUAGAAAUGGAGACAACGAUGAUAACAAUAGUUACAGAAGAAAUAACGACUAUGGAGAUGACGAUGUUAAUCAAGAUGACAGAAGUAAUAGACGAAAUAGAACAUUUGCUGGCAGAAAUAGCAAUGACGAUGACGAAAUUCAGAAACCUAAAGAACAGUACAUUCCACCAGAGUUACCUAGCGAUGAAAAGUCCUUGUUUGAAAAUGGCGUUGAAAUGGGAAUUAAUUUUGACAAGUAUGACAAUAUCGAGGUUAACGUGAGUGGAGAAAAUGUACCUGAACCAAUAGAACAUUUCGAAGUAGCAGGACUUAGGAGUAUCGUUUUAGAAAAUGUAAGGAAAUCGGGAUAUACAAAGCCCACUCCAGUACAGAAACAUGCUCUUCCAAUUAUAAUGAGUGGCCGAGAUUUAAUGGCUUGUGCUCAAACAGGUUCAGGAAAAACUGCAGCAUUUGCAGUUCCUAUUAUAAAUAUGUUAUUAGAAAGAUCUGCUGAUUUAGUUGUUACUUCAUCAUAUUGCGAGCCACAAGUUGUUAUUGUAUCACCUACUCGAGAACUUACUAUACAAAUAUGGCAACAGAUUAUUAAGUUUGCACAUAAUUCAAUUUUAAAGACUGUAGUUGCAUAUGGUGGAACAUCUGUUAUUCAUCAAGGAGGAAAGUUGUCUGCAGGUUGUCAUAUACUCGUAGCAACACCUGGGAGGUUAUUAGAUUUUGUAGCGAGAAAAAGAAUUAAGUUUUCUUCCUUGCAGUUCUUGGUGUUAGAUGAAGCUGAUCGUAUGUUAGAUAUGGGAUUUUUACCUAGUAUCGAAAAAAUCGUAGAUCAUGAGACUAUGGUUCCUCUAGGUGAAAGGCAGACAUUAAUGUUUUCUGCCACUUUCCCAGAUGAAGUACAACACUUGGCAAAAAGAUUUCUAAACAAUUAUUUAUUCCUCGCAGUUGGUAUCGUGGGUGGAGCUUGUUCAGAUGUCGAACAAAAUUUUUAUGAAGUUGCCAGAUAUAAGAAAAGAGAUUUACUCAAAGAAAUCUUAGAAAGAGAAAACGAUGCAGGUACAUUAAAGGGUACCUUAGUGUUUGUUGAAAUGAAGAAGAAAGCUGAUUUUAUUGCUGUUUUCUUAUCGGAGAAUAAUUAUCCUACUACCAGUAUUCAUGGUGACAGAUUACAAAGACAAAGAGAGGAGGCAUUAGCUGACUUUAAAAGUGGAAGAAUGUCAGUUUUAGUAGCCACAGCUGUUGCUGCUAGAGGUUUAGAUAUAAAAAAUGUUUCACACGUUAUAAACUACGAUUUGCCGAAGGGAAUUGACGAGUAUGUUCAUCGCAUCGGGAGAACUGGUCGCGUAGGAAACCGAGGAAGAGCGACUUCUUUCUUUGAUCCGGAAGACGAUGCACCACUACGAGGUGAUCUUAUCAGAAUAUUGAAACAAGCAGGCCAACCUAUUCCAGAUUGGUUAAUGGGUGGAAACGCAAGUAGGAACUUUAUGCCUGGAAAAGGCAGAAGCAAAUUUGGAGGCGAAGAUAUUCGAGGGAUGGAACCAGCUGCAGAACAAUAUACCGAAGAUGCGUUCACAUCCGCUGAAAUACUUGAACCAGAAGAAGAAUGGUAGAAUAUAUGUUUCUCCAUUUAUGUACU